AUGUCAAGCAAUAUUUUGUCUGUAGUGAAUCCACCACCUCAAAGGGAUUUAGACAAUGAAGAGACUAAGGAUUGUAUUCCAUGUCAAAUUAUGAGCACUAUGUUCUCUAUUGGGUUUGGUGCUUAUUUGGUUUCUGGUAAACCAUUUGAGUACACUGAGGUUGAACGUCGUAGGGGUGUGACGAUGGCAGAGUUUGAGAAGAGAAAUCCAAAAUGGUGGAAAGGUUCUUUACGAGGACUAGGUGGUACUUUGAUCAUAUUAGGAUUUGUUAGAGGGACUGAAGGGUGGCUCUGGAAUAAAGAGAAGGAAUACAAAAAGUUUUAA